AUGGAUAAGGAAGAGGAUGAGGAUCGGAUAUGGAUCGAGUACUUGAAAGGAUUAGAACAGUUGCAUAAGGAGUUUUACGGUAGAUGGAAAGCCGAAAGAAGAGCAAAAAGAAGAGAAGAAAGGAAAUUAAUUAAGGAAAAAAUUAGGAGGCAGAAGAAGCAAUGGAAAUUGGCUCAAGAUCGUUCUCGGGCUGCUAAAGAAAAGGAUCGCAGAUAUCGUAAGAAAGUGAGAGCAAGCCGUCGGAAGAAGGUGCAGUGGCUGAAAAAACGGAAUUGGCUUCCAAUGCGGAUUUUCCAUCUGUUCUUCUGGAUUCGACCAAUGAAUAUGCUCAUUUGCAAUGCUUCCCAAAUUUGCUAUUGGGGUCUUCUCUCGAUUGAACACCACGUGUCCAAAUAUCGAUCGAAAAAGAAAAGAAAAAAAGCGUUUUCUCGUUAA